AUGGAUACGCGCAUUCCGUCCAAAGCAGACGCGCCCGAGUACACCUUUGCACUUGCCUAUCGAAAGCCCGAACCCAUACCCAAAACCUGGGAGGCGAUGGCAGGCGACAACGGCGUCAGUUUUCUCGAUCUACCGCGAGAGCUAAGAGACAUGAUCUACAACUACAUCUGCACCGACCUGCCCCAAAUCGGAGACGGAUGGCGCGAUAAGCACGACGAAGGAAAAUACGGUAUCCCCGCCGCCACUGAGGCUCAGGCCGCUGUAUUGCACGACUGCAAUAUCAUGAGGACAUGCCGCCAGGUGCAUUGGGAAUUCGCCGAAAUGCUCUACGCGCAACCCCUCCAAAUCUGCAGCCCCAUAUACGAGUUUCAGACUCAGUUCAUCCUACCCGGCUCGCAUAUCCUGCCCUUGUCGCCAACAUACGCACAUCUUGUCAAGAAGGUGGCCGUCCUUCAUGACACGGCUAUCGGAAAUGUUCCAGACGACUACUAUUACCGCGCCUCAACGUCAGGUGAUCAUCAAUGGCAGCAUGUUGUCUCGGUCGCGACGCAGUUAGGAAAGCUUUUUCCUAUGAUUCAGACUGUGCGCGUGCUUCAUCGUAUCUGCCCACGGGAUUACAGUUAUGAUACGACAUUCCAGACUCUAUGCGGACUACUUGGCGACAACAGAGAGGAGCAAGUCGAGAAGUCUGAAAAGUUUAUCAAGGGUGUGUGUUGGAGUGAUGGGAGACCCGUGAAGCUGCCACCGCAACUAGAGCUGGUGAACUUGGACUUCGACACCAUCGUCGAAACCCCUUUGGUUGAAGCUAUAAAGAACGUGCGAGCUGCAGAGCUGCAGAAGAAAGAGCUCAAGCGAAAGCUGCUCGUGUAA